CCCUAGAGCUGCAGCACCGUCAGCCACAACACAUCCUCUCCCUGAAGCAGAGUUGCGCAAUGCGUUUGUUGGGACACCGGUCACAAAAUUGUCACAAAAACGUUCCAGGUCACUGGGGUUGGUGGUUCAUCCUGUUCCUUCACAUUCUGCAUCGCAGGCUGGUGGCUGGCAGUCACCAUGCAGAGCUUCUACCUCAUUCAUGGCAUCCAGCCCUCUGAGAUCAAAUGCUCCUGGUUCCACCUCACACAAGGACUCUCCAGGAGCAGCAGCACUGAAUUUACUAGAGACUCCUCUGGUGGUGAAGAGAGCUAAAGUUUUGGCCACAUCUGCUCCUGGUUUUCCUGGUUUCACUCCUCAGUCGAUUCUCAGAUCCAGCCGUCGCACCACACCCCUAGCAACUCCCUCUGCAUCUCCAGGUCGAUCAGUGACUCCUCCUCUACGAGCAAAGGAACCUAGGAUAUCUUUCAGGGAGGAGAACUUGAAUACACAAUGGACUGUUGGGGUAACAGAAGAAGAUAAAACACUGUCUGGAGCUUCAUCUGAGCAUUACCAUGGAGUGGUGGAGGAUGCUUGGUCUGAAAGCAGGGAUAAACCAACUCUCUUUGCUCUGAGCAGUCCGGAGGAUGAGUGUGCUGAAACGGAAGAGCCUUCAGAAAGCAUACCUGGAGAUGGUUGGGAGGAAAUGGAUGUCAGCAAAGAAAAGAGUAACUCCUCUGCCAGGUCAGACCAAACUACUCUGGAGUAUCAUGACGCAAAAUCACCGGGCGAUUUUGAAGAUGAUGUCAUCUUUAUAGCCGCUAAGCCAGCUACUUCUUCCCCUGAAGAAACUGCCAGUUUUCAAGACUCGGAGAAGAAAGAAGAUUACAGUGAAAUGCUUGAAGAUAAACCUUUCCAGAUGGAACAACCAGAUUCAUCAGAACCAAGCAAAGUAGCUGGAUUUGUGGAAGAACCAAAUGCUGACUGUCUUCCCCUUCCUGAGGAUGGAAGAUUGCUGUUUAAAGCUGCUGAUGCUGCUACUUCUGGCACUGCAAGUGAAGAUGAAGCAAACCACCAGGAGUCUAAAAUGUCCUCUUCCUCAGAAGAACAAGCCGUAUCAGUUGCAGUGGAUCCACAGCUUUCUGAAUCCCUGGAGGCAGGCAGAGAGUUUGUGACAAGUGUCCUUGACAGCGAGGAUGUGGCCAGUGCUCAUUCAGAAAAUGGCCUUGAGGAGGGGGAGUGUGUGGAUUUUCCCAAAGAAGCUGCUUCCCAAGGAGCAGCUGAAGUUGAAGAAAAUCUUCCUUUUCCGCAGGAAGAACUAAUGCUUUCUGGCAAUCGUCCUGAAGCUGAGGUUGUUGAUGUUAUUGAAGAUAAUGCGGUUAAGGCACCAGCCCCGGAAGAAGCACCAGAAACAUCACUGUACAGUGAACUAGCUCCGUCAGGCAAUUUUCAAUAUGGCGAUGAUCCUGCAGAUCAACAGUUGGCAUGGGAUUUGCCAGAUCAUAAAGACGGCGAAUGUGAUGCAUCUGAGGGAGAGGGAGAGUUUUUUAUAUCUCAGAGUAAUUUUUCUUUAGUCUGGGAAGGAGAAGAAGGUGAGGCAGAGAUGGGAGACGCUACAUCAGUAGAUGCUUCUAAAGCGGCUGGCAUGACAGGGGAAAAGCCUGUGCAGAAUUUAGGGAAUACUGAAAACCAAGAACAUGUCACAAACUCUGUGUCCACUGUAACGAGCGAUCAGGAAUCUCAAAAUACUGCAGAGUCGCUCCCGUAUGUGCCUGAACCCAUUAAGGUAGCUAUUGCUGAGAACUUACUGGAUGUAAUCAAGGACACGAGAAGUAAAGAAUUUACAGCGGAAGUUGUAGAACAAUCUAUUCAUGAAACCAUAGGGAAAAAGGUUACUAGAUUCCGGAAGGCAAAAGCUCUCUUACCUGUGCCAGAAGGAGUGGAAGACGAAGCCAGCCAACAUCAUGCAGAGCAUGUCCUCACUCCCAGAACACGCAGAAGGGGACAGCUGGGGAGACGGCUUACUCCAUCAGCAGGCCGUCAGCAACUGCUGAGGGCAGACAAACCACUUUUGUCUGGACUGUCUCCUAGGAGAAGUACCAGGCGAACGAGAGAAGCGUCUGAGGCAGAAGAAAGUGUUCCAGAUGAGCAAAUGCCUGUGCUGCCUGUCACUCCUAGGAGAGGUGGGAAGCUUAAAGCGGCUAGUGCGGAAAUAGUAGCAAGCAGCCAUUCUGAUGGACAAACGCUAUCCAUCAGCACUCAGUCUGUAGCAGUUACUCCGAGAAGAAGAUUAAGGGGAGCAAAGGAAGCUGCAUCUGAGCCUCUGGCAGGGGUUAGUGACGACACGUCUCUUGCUGCAGAUAGCAUUAUUGCUUCUGCUACUUCCAAAAGGACUAGAGGAAGAAAAAGUUCAACAGGAGAACAAGAAACUGGCCAGACUGACACUGAUCCUAAGAUGAAAACGGCAGUCAGUCCCAGCAGAAGUGCCAGAAAAUUGACAAGCAUUAAUUUACAACCGACCGAAAAUCGUGUCGGGGAUCGAGGGGCGCAGCCCAGUGACCAACUCCUUUCACCUGCGCCAGCUAAAAGGGGCAGAAGAAAGAGGGGUUCAUCAGACGUUUCUGAAAAUUCUGACCUUGAUCUGUCUAAAUCAUUGCUUCCUCAAACAGAAUUUAAACUUCCUGUCACUCCUAGAAGAAGUGCUAGGAAGGGGACACAGAAUUAUUUGGCAGACACAGAAUCUCUCUCGACUCAGGAAGACAUGAAUUCAGGUGGGAAAAUUGAAAUCCUUGAUACUCCCAGGAGAAGAAUAACAAGAGUUUCACAUGCUAAACCAGAUAAAACAGGUGCUCAUGAGCAAACACCAAAUGAGGUGCCAACCCCACCCAGGACUGUAGUAAGGACAGGGCGUCGAGGAAGAAAGAAACGAUCAGUAUUGGAGGAGAGCGCAGGGGAGGAGGCCUUCCCCCCAGGACCCGAGGGCGCUCCUCUGCUGCCCAAAGACGCAACCCCGUUAGGACGUGAUGAAACACCAAGAACUUCAACAGAUCGCGUUACAAGAACGAGUUCCCGCAAAACUGCUGUGCGGCAGAAACUGCCUGUUGAGGGAAAUGAGUCCUUCCUUUUCUCUCCUCCUCUCACAAAGCUGACAGAGAAGUUCAAAGAUGGAAAAGCAGAUGAUCCUGUGCAGCUUAAGGAUUUAGACCCGGAUUUGUCUUCUCAAUUUGUCUUUUCACCCCCUCUUUUGAGGUCAAGGAGAAAAAAUGUAUCUAGUAUUUCCCGAACUGUGAAAGAACCAGAGCUUCCAGCUAAAGAGGAAGAGGAUACCAAAUCCAUAGAGUCUGUGGGAAAGCAAAAAUCGAAGAGAGGAAGAACUGCAAAAUCAAAAACUAAGAAAGCAAGCAA